CUGCGCGAGCAACCAACCGGCCAGUCAUGCCCAAAAGCCAGCUCUACAUACGAGCUUCCAGCUGCCGCGGCCAGCAGUUAGACGCGCGCACUCACAGCUGCUGUGCGCUGAACUCUUGCUUUCAGUUUCAGUUUCAUUCCAGACUUAGCCGCGCGCACAUUUUUCAAAUUCUCCGUUUCGCUACACAAACACCUCGCGCAAAUAUGAGUACGAAAACAACUUAAUAAAAACCAACAGCACAGAAAAUAUACAGAAACAAACAAAAAUAUAUAGCAAAAGCCCAUUGUGGUAGGUUUCCACAGCCAGUUCAGUCUGUCAGUCAGAGUCGUUUGUGGACGUUGUAAUAGUUCACUUUUUUUAUUGACGAUUUUUGGCUUUUUCAAAUGCCACGGGUAUUUUGUGUUUUGGUGGCUGUAAAUAUUCAUAAAAAUUAAGCUUAACAAAUUAAACAAACAGAUACUAAGCAAUAAUUAAUAAAACACUACGAUAUUUUUUUUGCAUUUGCACGUCACAUAUUUGCGUCAAUUAUUUGUAUAAAACCGUUGAGUCUGUAUUGGUAAAAAAAACAAAAAAUAAAACGUUUGCCAAAUAGCCGAGAAAAAGAAAAUAACAAUCAUAAAAAAAAUAAUUAAUUUCAAUAAAAGCAAGUUUGUGUCUUAAGUCUUUUGACAGCGCAGUUCGUGUAUGCAUGCAGUUUUGUUGUGUGUGAGUGUGUGCUUGCAAGUUCGCUGUCUAAGUCGUUUGUUUUCAUACAAAGUGACAUUUCACACACACGCUUUCCUAGCAAAAGUUCAAAUGUCAACAAAUAAAAGACGAAAUCCAGAAUUUGUUUGACACGAAACGACAACAAAACAAACAAUAACAAAGCAAAGCAAACAACAGUGACAAUAAAAAAAAAAAAACGCAAAAAACCAUAGUAAACAAGUCAAAGUGCCAUUAAACACGUCAGCCAGUAUCGCGCCGAUAGGCACAAAAUCAUUCUUCCACUCUAACGGCAUUGCACACCGGUAAAUUACGAAGGCAGAACGGCAAUAAUAGCAAUUAUCAUAUUAAGCAGUGAAUAAGUGAAUAUUGCCACUAAUAAAUCGGCGAUUUACAUAUACAUAGUAUACAUACAGAUGUAAAUAAAAAAAUUAAUAACAGAAUAAUAAACGUGUUGUAAGUUUAAUUGAAGUGCAAAAAAAGUUUACGUCGAAAUUUUACAUUGAUCAUUUUUAUACGUAAGCCAACUGCAAAAAAGGUAAUAAUCGGAGAACAAUAAAAUUUAAAAAGACAUCUUGGAUCGAAAGGAUGACCAACACAUCAGAGCAAAGAUAAAGAUAAAUUAAAAGAAAAAUAAUCAAAAUCAUAGCAACUUUAAAAAGUACAUACGGACAAAUAUUCACACACAAACAAGAAAAUGUUAUCCACCAACUCAAACAAACCUUCCCCUUGCAGCAGCUUGCGAACACAGUUGACGUCCAUCUUCUUGAUAUUUGUUAUCUUUGCACUAUUAACCGCUUCUAGCCACCAAUCCAAUGUGCCCGAUUAUGAUGCCGACGGCGGUGGUGGCGAAUUGGGGACAAGUGGUGGAAGUACUGGUAGCGGUGGAGCUAAUAGCGAAAUAAUGGACAGUAAUGAUGAGAUUUAUGAAACAGCUGUUCUACAACAGGACAUGGAUGAGCAUGACAGGCACAAGAAGCUGUUAGAUGCAAUGGAGGACGGAGAAGAUAAUGCCGACUCGGCAGUUGCGUCAACGACAUCGCCAAAGCGAAGAGAAAUGAGCAAUGAAUCGUUGAAUGCAGUAAGGACACAAGUUCACAGUAAUGACAUGUUGGCCGGCUCAGCGGACGACGAAAUGUUGGAUAGCAGUACUUUAAUUAAUUUCGCAGCAGCCAAGUUGCCCAUAGCCUCGCCGCAUACAGCGCUGCCCGUAUCCAUGAGUACAAUGAUACCAGCCUAUGUGCGAAAGGGAAAAGCUGAGCAAUUUCCGCGCACCAUAACUAGCGACACUGUGUCAGUAGAGGAAGCUGACGCGAACGUCUCAACCUCCGACUAUGUGGAUGACGAAGAGCAUUUGAAUGAAAAAGCCACCAAGACAAAUAAAAUCAAUCCAAUCGCAAUGAAAUUGUAUAAUCACGCAGAAACGGAUGACAACACGCUGAAGGAUCAGCAGCCAGCGCCACCAUCGCAGAAGGAGCAACAUCGAUCGCCUGCGUUACAGUCAAGGAAACAGCAUUUACAACCGAAUAGCUCAGAUGAUGAGGACUACUACGAGGACUCUCAGGACAGCUCUUCUGAGAAACAGCAAAUGCACCAACGCGUGGAAGGUGCGAUGCGACCACUGAUGGCACCUGCGCUGCCACUAACGCCUUCGCCGACCGCUUCACAGCCAACAUCAGCGCGUUCCGCUGUCGAUUUAUAUCAAUUUCCAAACGUAGAUAUGGCGCGUGCACAUCCACCUGUUCUGCAAGUACGUGGCGCCGCUCGGACUACAAAUGGUCCAACAGUAAUGGCCGCCACAGCUGCGCCAACAACUGUGGCAAUACCAGUAUUCGACGAGAACUCUAUCGACAUUAAUGCGCCAAGCAUUGCGGUAACCACAAACUCGGCAACAGGCUUGGAAGCGGAAUCAGCUGCCGUUGCCACUCCAACUACAACAAUACCACUGACGACGCCAACAACAACAACAACGAUGACAAUAACCAGCAUACGCCCUCUGGGUAAGCAGGGUAAACAAAUAAAUAUACCACGCGGCCGCAAGCUGCUGCCGCACGAACAAUUACGCAACUACAUUGAAGAUGCCUACAUACGAAUGCCAUUAGCUGUUAUUGUCGAUCCAUCGGCAGAUGCGCUGGACAAGACGAAGGCGCUGUGGCGUGACGCGCUACGCACCAAUCUGAAUAUAAAAAUUGUGUUGGUCUCGCUGAAUGCUUCAGGAAUUCCAGCAGCUUAUAGCUUUAAUAACACCCGCCAAUUCCUCGCCGGUUUGAAUGGCAUCAAAGUACACGACGGUGGUAAUUCUUUUAUAGGCAUUGUACACGCUUCAGAACUGGUGCCAUAUGAUAGCGCCGUGUUUAUAUCUACCGCAGUGAUACCACCGCACACGGAGCUGGUGCAGGAUGCAGCUAUAACGCUGCUGAAAAAGCGCAUAAGGCUCUACCUCAUCUGGUAUGGUGAACGCUCGGCAAGCGAAAAUGAAACGCAGGAAGCUGUAGGAGGCAUACUUGGCGAGGUGGCCAUACGUUCGGGCGGUGAAGUACUUCAUCUUGUGGGAAGUGAAAACUCACAGGAACUGGAGGGCAGCACGCUAACACUUGUCGCCGACGCCUAUAUAGGCACCCAGGAGGUCGAUAUACCCGUUGACACGACCCUAUCCAGCUUACAUGUGAAAAUUGAUGCACCGAUGCGAACGGCUACGCUGGAGACGCCCAACGGCGGUUAGUUCACACAAACAUAAACACACACACGCACUUCCACACGAAAACGCACACUUUAAAUAAUUUUUAUUUCGUUUAUAAAAGGAAAAUGUGUAUUUACCAAAUUUUACUAACAAAAGCGAUUUUAUAUGGCGCUUUAACCCAUUUAACCGCUUAUAAAAGAGAGCACAUUUAACAUCCAAGAAAACAUCCAAGUUAUAACGAAAUUUUUCCAAGUUUCACGAAAAUUUGAAAAUCAGCUUUGAAUUAGAGCGUAUUUCCAUAACAAUUUAAGCUUUAAAGUGCUCGAUAUAAGUAAGUUCUUUAUUGAAAACUUAUCAAACGAAUUAUUUAUUUAUAAAACAUGAGUUAAUACUAAAGAGCAGAUAUGGCUUUUAAAAGCGAGUUAAGGGUCGAUAUACUAGCUACAUACAAGUAUGUAUGUAUGUGUGUAAAAUAUGAUUUCAC